AUGGCCACGACUGCGCCCUUUCCAAUGAUACCCUUCCCUCUUCCCUUUUACGACUCUUACGAGAUUGAUCCUCAAUGGCAACUAAAGUUUACGGUGAUAUGGGCUUCGGUGUUGGGGGUUGCCACCAUCCUUUCACUACCGGCCAUUUUUCGUUCGAUACAUCCUAAACGAAUACUAGUCGGCCUACUCGGCAUACGGGAAUGCAAUGCAGCAAAAAACUAUGCUCCGGUGUCGUCACUCGAGUGCGACGUUCCAGCGUUGGUUUUGAGUGACAGCCGACGCCGCAAUCGUGUCUACGGCUUCUUUCGAGCGAUUGGUUCUAUAUGUCAUCUAACUCCCCCCAAACUUAGCUUGAAUCUUUCGCACAUGGUGUUGAUUGGUGCCUACCUUGGUUUGUUGGGUUACUGCAUAGGCCAUGAGGCUCGACUGAUGGAAAAUCCAAACCGCGCUGGAUUCAUGGCGCUGGCGCAACUCCCAAUCGUGUUUCUAUUUGGAACAAAGAACUCCGUGCUCUCGCUACUUUUGGGACCUGGGAAUGGCUACGAACGCCUCAAUUUCAUCCAUCGCUGGUCAGGACGUGGCAUGUUCUUUGCUGCCCUCGCCCAUGGGUCCCUAUGGAUUCGAAACCGAGUUCGCUGGGGCAGAGGAGUCGUAGGAUCCCCCAAGGCCAUCACUGGCCUUGCAGCCCUGAUCCUGCUAUGCGUCAUUGUCUUGACAUCUUUACCCAUUUUCCGCCGUCUACUCUAUCGGUUCUUCAUUGUAACACACAUUGUGGCCUACGUCGCCUUCGCCAUAACCAUCUUCCACCAUACCUCUUUUGCCGGCCUUUGGCUUUACCCGCCUAUGCUAUUAUAUGCCGCAGACAUGCUACUCAGGUUCUUCAAGUACCGCGUCAAGGAUGCGCAAUUGAUUGCUAUCGAUGACCAAAUGACUCUUAUCCGGGUACCUGAUUGUGAUGCAGGGUGGGAAGCUGGCCAACAUGUACAGCUACGCGUGUUCUUUCGCAACCGUUUCAUGGAGUCCCACCCUCUCAGUAUCGUUACCGCCCCUCCUUCCACCUCUUGCAUAUCAAACGAAGGGAUUGUCCUUGCUGUGCGUGCAUGUGGUGAUUGGUCCAAGGCGCUCAACGAGUACGCAAACAGCGACGCGCAACAAAGCCACGUCUCGGCUUUGACUCUCAAGGCUGAAAGCGAAUUAGCGACAGGGUUCCCCGAAGUGCCAAUUCGGGUCAUGCUGGAUGGGCCGUACGGUGGCUGCAGCAUCAAUCUCGGGAGAUACGAGAAUGUGUUAUUCCUGGCUGGCGGGAGUGGUGCCACAUUCACAAUCAGUCUCCUCGACGAUCUAGUUGCCCGUUGCGCGAAACUUCGAAGGCCCGGUGACGAGAAGACCAACCGCAUCGAAUUUGUAUGGUGUAUCCGAUCCUUUGAUGCCAUGGAAUGGUUCGCGCCGCUGCUGGCUACCAUCGUCGAUACCGCAAUGAAGUCAACUCUCGACCUUCAUAUAUCUAUCUUCGUAACCUCAUUGCGCUCUCUCCUCCCGGACGUAACGUUGCCGAAUACCGACAUACGAGUUGGACGACCGUCUAUCUCAGCCUUACUCAGAAGCUUCGCUUCGAUGCCUCAUGGACCGAACAGGGCGUUAACUGACAAAGAGCUCGCCAUGCCACCACAGUACGGAGGGGUGGCAGUCUGCGCUAGUGGACCAGAGAGCUUGACACGAGAAGCUGCGAAUGCUGUCGUUCAGGUGAACCUCUCGCAGGGCAUCCGCUUGGGUGGCAUCGCGUUGCACACGGAGAAGUUCUCGAUGUGA